UUACAUUCAUAAUAAUAAAACAACACCUCCCAUAUUCACAUUUUCUUUUAACAUCUUCUCUUAAUUAAUUAAUAUUAUGGAGACAGAAAGUCAUACAAUUGCAAAAGAAAUUGGGGUUGCAAAUAAGCAAACCAUAAGAUGGAAUGAUUUUGUGUUGAGAUUUUUGGCUUUUGUAGUUACACUUGUGGCUGCCAUUGUGCUUGGAGUUAGCAAACAAAAUGAGCUUGUGCCUGUCCAAUUGGUACCAACAUUGCCACCUAUCAAUGUUCCGGCUUCCGCUAAGUGGAGCCAUAUGUCCGCCUUUGUGUACUUUGUUAUUGUGAAUGCAAUUGCAUGUGCAUAUGCAGUUAUCUCCUUAGUCCUUUCGUUGGCAAAUAAAGGAAAAACGAAAGGUCUUUCUCUAACAAUCAUUCUAUUCGAUCUCAUCAUGAUGGCUCUUCUCUACUCCAGUGUCGGAGCGGCCGCGGCUGUCGGCCUCAUCGGAUACAAAGGGAACACCCACGUCCGGUGGAACAAGGUGUGUGACGUGUUUGGUAAAUUUUGUGGACAAGUCGUGGCGGCAAUUGCCAUUUCACUAGUUGGUUCUAUAUUGUUUUUGUUGUUGGUGUUGUUGGCUACGGUGAACCUCCAUAAGAACAUACGUCAUUAACAAGUUGACUUGAACACUAUAGUUUUUCUAUAUACUUAAGGUUAUUUUAUUGUAUUGUAUUAGAUAAUAACUAGGCUAUGGUGUUUUCUUUAAUUUAAUUUACACGUACGUGAUUGGUAAAUCAUCCUUUGUAGACCUAUAUGUGUUGCAUUUAUGCUUUCAGUAAAUAUAAUGUAUUUAUUAAAUUUGUUUAA